CAAACGCUCUUCUCCGCUCAGCACAGACGGCCCAGGCGCACAACCUUUCUCCUCUCAGUUCUUCUCUUCUCAUUUGUCCCUCUUCCGUGUUUUUCAAUCAACAUCAGAGCCCAGGUUGAGUUUUUGUUGCAAUGGGUCAACACUUCUAUGGAACAACGGAUAUUGCUGUAUUGUGUAAAGAUGGAAUUAUACUCGCCAAUGAUGCUAGGAUUACAUUACAGAUCAAGGAUGAGCUCGGCAAAGAAGAUAGCGAACUGGCAACAGAUGAGGGAGUCAAAAUGUUUCAAUUAUGUUCCAAGCCUAAAAUAUAUUGUACUUUAAUGGGAGAUGUCAAACAAUGGCAUGAAAUGUACGAAGAUUUGCUUCGGCGGGGACCGAAAUCAGUGGAAGAUGCGAAGAAUUAUGCAGAAGAUUACUUAAAAGGCUUCCGAAGGAAAGAUCGCAAAAAUCGGAGGACAGAGUGCGGCGCAUUUGGCAUAAUUGUUGCCGGAUAUCAGGAACAAAAGGGCUUUCAAAUUUUUGGUGUAACCUAUAGUGGUAAAAAAGUAGAGAUUCACAAUGGGCCAAUGAUUGCAAUAGGAUCUGGUUGUUUUUAUGCUAUAAAAUGUCUCAAUAUAAGGAAGGGUAAUCCUAACAUGUCUGAAGAAUUUGGUACCACUAUCACUCUGCAAGCUCUAAUGGAAAGCAGUUUCCAAGACCGUGACACCGGUGGAUAUUUGAAAGUGAUAUUCGUGCAUAAGGAUGGUUGCAUUUCUAAUACGUAUCAGGUUUUAGAUGUUUAUAAUGCACUUUAUAACCCAAGUGAUCAGGAUGAAAAAUCAACUAUGUUCAUGAUGUAUUCUACAAGCAUCGGCCCUAUAUUUAGUGAUGAUGAGAUCCUCGCUCUCAUAAGGGACCUCUGGUCAACAAGUGUAGUGAACACCGAAGAGUACAAGAUGUGUAACAUCAUAGCAAAGAAGGCUAAUUAUUAUAUAACUCGUAUUGUGUUGGACAAAGAAAAGGAUGCUGAAAGAGUGUACGAGUACCUAAGCACCAAAAAUGCUAGACCAUUUUUUCCUAAAACCUUAAGUCAUAUUAGAAGCGAAUUGGUUGAUUGUAUUAGGGAAAAAACUCGUGAUCACAUUUAUGUUGGAAGGAGCUCGAAGAGAUUAUUAGAGGGUAUAUGUAAGUUGCAAAAUGCAGACUCUUUCAAGUAUCAAUAAAGCUUGUUUGACCAAAUC